UGGCAUAAUUAACAUGAGGGCACUCUGGCUGCCGCGGGUUCAGUCACAAAGACUCCAAGGAAACAAGCCUUCAAAGAGGCAGCUGGUAAUAAAUGACUAGUGAGCUACAGAGGAGGCCAGAUGAGAUGGUGAGAGCAGGCGCCCUUGACCAGGGACUGGCAUGAAGCCCCAGAACCAAAGGAGGCUGAGGACUCGGAUCACAAAAGUGGAGGGAAGCCGCUGAAUGAAGCACACGGGACGGGAAGCUGGGCCUGCAGCAGGGGAGCCGUCAUUAACACGGGCCACCGUCCAGCGCCGUGAGCCUCAAAGCAGGAGCCGCGCAUCAGCCUCUCCUCUGACAACUGUCAGCCUCUGCUGCCACCUGCCCAGGCCUGUCACUGCACCUCUCAGCAGGCCGGGGAAGGUUGAGAACCAGACUGUUCUUCCUUUUGUGUGGAUACACAGGAACGCUGAUACACGUCAACACCCACACCCACAGAGGAACAGCUACACACACAUGGACUGGCACAGGGGGCAGAGAAUGAAAGAAGGCAUGUCGAAUAACAGCACCACUAGCAUCUCCCAAGCGCGGAAGGCCGUCGAGCAGCUUAAGAUGGAAGCCUGUAUGGACAGGGUGAAGAACUUCCUAGGAGUCAUGACAGUGCUGCUGGCUUGUGAGUUCUUUUAAAAGAACAAAAUGUAUUCUUUAUGGUUCCAUUUUUUCCCCAAGAUAAAACACAUACGGCUGAGUUAUCCACAACCCAAAGAGAAAAUUCUAAAGCGAAAGCCAGUCAUUGUUAAAACAGAAGAUGAGUGGGGCUCAAAUAUCACAGUGUUCCCUGUGGGAAAUGGAAAAAGAGCAAAAUCAGGGAGCCCAUCGUGUUCUCAUAGGUCACUGACAGCUGAUUCACAGGGUCCAGAGAAAGUCCAGGGAAGGGAUAUGAUUAAGAUGAUAAAAGAUGUGAAGGUUGAAAGAAUGACAUUUCUAAAAGAAAAUAAAUAUAAAUGAUGCCCUACGACCCAGCCAGAAGUCAAGGCAGUGCUUACCAAUUUUGCCUUUCCCGUGUGCCUCGUCUGAACCCUGGUGGUGCCCCUCCGUUGCCCCACUUUCUGCUAGUUUAACAAUUCAGCUGUGAGCCUUUCCAUUGCUGUCUCCUCCUCUCCCAGACACGUCCACGGAUCUCCCCCGGACCGCCUUACACGGUAACUUUCUACCAUCAGAUUUAGAAAUCAAUUCAAAGAGAGGGGGGUGUGAAUGAGCAACUCUAGAACAGCCAUCAGAUCAAGGGAGGAAAAUCUUUGACUUAAAACAAAGAGAAGAACAUUAAAUAGUAGAACAAGAAGGCAAAAGGUGUCUUUUGAAAAAGACAAAAGACGCUUCCUGUUGGAGAAGACUCAGGGUCGGAGCACUGUGGGUAUCAAAUCGCCCCAAUAAUUUCGGAGAACCCUCCUCAUGUCUGCUUCUCAGUGCCCUCCCAGGAAGUAGCCAGAUGACCAAUGAAGAGCCCACCGUGCGUAUAACAGCAUCCAUUCUGUCACUGAGUCACAAGCCAGCAGGUAAUGCUAUCCCCAUUUACGGGAGUGAAAACUGAGUGCCAGGGUGUUGGUCUUGCCCAGAAUGACGCAGCUCAUUAGUGCGGAGUGCAGCUCUGUCAGAGAGGCCGUUUCUUGACUCACAACCCAGUCCUUUUUCCAGAAGAGAUGCCGCUGGCUUUCUAGAACCCCUAGAGCCUAGACUCUACUUGUUACAUUCGUCUUUCACCUCUGAGUAAGUCACAGAAACCUCUUCAGUGACUCACUGGUUCCCAAAUAAAUUACUCUUGUGGUGAACUCACAAAAUGGUUGAAUUAUGGUUUCCUUUCUGGAAAAUCGGGAUAUGUCAAAAUUGAGAGGUAGUCGGAGUCAUAUAGGACGUGUACCAACCUCUUUCAAGGGGCGCCCGGG